AACUAUAAACCCUUCAAUUCACUGUCUCAGUCUCUGACUCCCUCGACAACAGCUUCUUCCAAAUCCAAUAGCUAAUCCCAAUUGUUCUUCUCAGAUCUCCCACUCUUCCUCUUGGGGAUCUCUUUGGAUCUGCAGAAAUCAGUUUGAAACGCAUCGGAGUUUGAAAGUUCUUCUGGUUGAGGAAGGAUAUGGCAGGUACAGCAUGUUUCAUUAUUGUCAGCAGGAAUGACAUUCCUAUAUAUGAAGCUGAAGUGGGCUCUGCAGUUAAGAAAGAAGAAGCCGCCCAUCAGCAUCAAUUCAUAUUGCAUGCAGCUUUGGAUAUUGUUCAAGACUUUGCAUGGAAUACAAGUGCUAUGUUCUUGAAGGCAGUGGACAGGUUCAAUGAUUUGGUGGUGUCAGUUUAUGUUACUGCGGGUCAUACACGAUUUAUGCUGCUUCAUGAUUCUCGUAAUGAUGAUGGAAUUAAAAGCUUCUUCCAAGAUGUUCAUGAGCUUUAUAUAAAGAUUCUUCUCAAUCCCCUUUACUUGCCUGGGUCUCGUAUUACAUCGUCCCAUUUUGAUACAAAAGUUCGAGCACUUGCCAGAAAAUAUCUGUAAAAGCCAUCUUAUACUCUUGGGUGAAGUCAAGCUCCAGGGAGACAACAUGAAACAGCUAAUUCCUUUCUUCCAUUCAGCAUCUGAUCUUGGUCUAGGAAUAUGCAUUUUGAUGCUUUCUUUUUUUGACAUGACAUGAGAUGGGGUAUUGACCAGUACCAUAGCCAGUUUCUUUAGUGGUCUAGAAUUUAAUUCCAAGAUUAAGUUUAUAGAAAGGUGUUGAUCAUAUUAUUAUUGAGUUGGUUGUGUGGCAUACUUUUUUUAAUUGUACAAAACCUUAUUCACAAGGAAUCAUUUUCUCCCUCAACCUGUAAGACAAACAUUUUCAAUUGCUAAAAUUACUGUAACUUGAUAUUAUGUGUAA